GGUAAUAGGUCAAUCAAUCCAUGUGUUAUGGGAAGUACACGAAUUGUUUUUAUAAAUUUUUUUUUUUUAAAUUUCUAGCGUGUAAGAGUAAUUUAUAUCUGACUUAACAAUUGUUUUUGAAACAAGAAUGAAUAGGAAAAUAGACCAUCUAAUUGUCGACGCAGCUGGGUUCCUGAAAAAUGUACAGCUUCAGGAACUUGCAGAAAAUAUUUAUACCAUUCAAGAGGUUGUGAGUGAAAUCAGAGAUUCAGCUACAAGACAGCGUUUGGCUGUGUUACCUUACGAUAUCAAAUUCAAAACACCUUCAAGUGAUAGCGUAGUCCAUGUUUCAGACUUUGCUAAAAAGACUGGAGAUUGGGGAAGUUUAUCAGCUACAGAUGUGAAGGUGAUGGCAUUGACAUAUCAACUCACUGCAGAAAUCAGUGGCUCUGAGCACUUAAAAAAAGUACCUGAGAAAAAGAUGACAAUAACAUGCAGCAAGAAGCCUCUUCAGAAAGCCACAGAUAUUGCUGGAUUUUAUUUUCCAGAAAAGAACACAGAAAAUGAGGUCAAAAACAGUGGUGACAGCACCGAUUCAAAUUCCCAUGUCGGAGACUCAAGUUUAGAUGUUAAAGACUCAAGUUCAGAUGUUAAUGACAUUAGUAUCAAAGAUCAAGUCAAUGAAAGGGUACAAGAAGUAGACAAUGAAAAACAGUUAAAUGAGAACAGUGACAGCAAUAUGGAGGAAAGUGAUGAUCAAAAAACAGCUGAACUGGUAGACAGUGAAAAUGCAGAAACCAUACAUGAUGAAGAAGAUAAUUUAAAUGAUGAUGCAGAGGAGGAUGAUGAUGAUGUUGGCUGGAUAACACCAAGUAAUAUCAAUCAGGUGAAAAACCACAUUGACUCAGAUCUGACAGAAGCAAACACUGUUAAAGUUGGAUGUCUUACUACAGAUUUUGCAAUGCAGAAUGUAUUAAUUCAGAUUGGCCUGUCUGUGGUAUCUGUAGAUGGCAUGUUGAUUAAGAAGGCCAAGAGUUACGCUCUCAGAUGUUACUCCUGUUUCAAGAUAACCAGUAACAAUAGCAAAGUGUUUUGUCCUAAAUGUGGCAAUAAAACUCUAACAAAAGUGACAGUGACUGUUGAUGAAGAUGGCACCCAACGCUAUCACCUGUCAUCCAGGAGGGCCAUCAAUAAACGAGGAUUAAAGUAUCCACUUCCACUACCAAAAGGUGGAAAACAUGCAGUCAAUCCGGUGCUAGUAGAAGACCAGCCAAUUCCUCAGAACAGACCAGCUAAAAAGACGUUGGCAAAAAUCAACGCGUUUGAUCCGGAUUACGUGGCAAGAGGGUCACCGUUCGCCAUUAAUGACGUUACAAGUCGGGCAGCUCAGCUGGGUGUGCAUAGUUCCAGAGGCAGUUCAUCGAGACGGCGUAACCCAAAUGAAUCGGGACAUAGAAAAGGUCGCAAGAAGUAAUGAUUAAACCAUAUUUUGGAAAUUACAGUAGUGAUAUUUUAAAUCCAUAUUUAGGAUUAUUUUAUCAAAAAUGUCUUUAAAUUUUUGUCAUCUAAUUUGUGUACAAUACAGUACUACAUACUAUUUAUGUAGUUAUUUAAUAAUAAAUCUUAUGCCAUUAUUAUUUUUAUCGUGUUGAUUAAAUAACAUCAUCAAUGUCAAGUGUA